AAAAAAAAACUUUAUAAUUUAUACCAAUUUAAUUAGUUUAAUAUCGCAUUAAUAACCCAACUUUACUCAACGCUUUGUUGAGCUAUGUUCUUAUUAGCUUUUACUUCGUCCUCUAGAUUUUGGUGGGAGGUGGUGGGGAGUUUUGUUGAACCAUAAUUUAAGAUAGUACCUUAACACAUGGUGCUAAUUAAUACCUUCUUUUAAUAUAUGCUUUUAAAGGUAUAUAGGAUGGGAUCUUUUUGUUCUCCUAGUACUCAUGUUUAGGGUGGUUCCUAUUGUUCAAGUCGAAUGAAGCUGCAAAAUUUGGAGAUUUUCUUCGCGUUUUUCUCUUUUUGGAUCCUGUUAUUUUCACAGAUCGAUUGAUUUUGUAGGAAAUAGUUCAAAAUUAAUCUUAACAUACUUUCGCGCGCUCAUCGUGUAAGAUGAAUGUCAUAUAAAUCAUGCCACGUGCACACAGACUGAGAAGGUAAUAAAAAAGAGGAGAAAAAAAAAAAAAAUAGCCUCACCUCUUCACGUAGCCAAGGAGAGGGGUGCUUGUCCUUUUUUCUGUUUGUAACAAUAAAUCUUUGCCUAUUCCUUGGAAUUAUAUGAAGAGUUUUGAGAGAUGAAGUUGCAAGGAGUUUGGAGAGCAAUUCUUAUUGUGUAUUGUGUAUGAAUCAUUAUAUAUAUAUAUAUGUGUGUGUGUGUGUGUGUGUGUGUGUUUGUGUGCUAUGCUACUACCAGAAUUUUGAGCAUCUCCCUCAAUUUCUGAGCCAUGAUAAGAUGAGGAAGUUUCUGGUACCUUCCCUAUAAUAUCUAUUGUGAAAAUCUUAGUUCUUGUUUGAUGUGCUAACUAGUAGUACUAAAGAAGGUUUAAGGUUGUUCCAGCUUCUGCUGUAGGUAGGAAUCUGAGAAUUGUGCCAACAACCAGAAUGAGUAGUUCAGACAAAACUGUUGUUUGGUUUAGAAGGGACCUGAGAAUUGAGGACAACCCGGCCUUGGCGGCGGCGGCGAGGGACGCCGCCGGCGUUCUUCCGGUCUUCAUUUGGUGCCCUGACGAAGAAGCGCAGUUCUACCCGGGCCGCGUCUCGCGGUGGUGGCUGAAGCAGUCCCUGGCGCACCUCGACCGGUCGCUGAGGUCCCUCGGCUCCCCCCUCGUGUUGAUCCGAUCCCAGAGCACCCUCGCGGCGCUUUUGCAGUGUCUCGGUGCAAUAGGGGCCACGAAAGUGCUCUUCAAUCAUCUCUACGACCCGGUUUCGCUCUUGCGAGAUCACAAAGUCAGGAGUCAGCUCACGGCCCUCGGGAUUUCUGUCCAAAGCUUCAACGCCGAUCUGCUGUACGAACCGUGGGAAGUCUACGACUCGAAUGAGCACGCGUUUACGACCUUCGACGCAUUCUGGAAGAAGUGCAUGGACCUGCCAAUUGAGUUGACAUCAUCUCUUCCUCCCUGGAGACUGGUGCCAGUCACUGGGAUCGACAACAUCCAAAGUAGCUCGAUUGAGGAUCUGGGUCUCGAAAAUGAGUCGGAGAAACCGAGUAAUGCGCUGUUAAGUAGGGGAUGGUCUCCAGGAUGGAGCAAUGCAGACAAAGCACUAAGCGAAUUCGUAGAAGGUCACUUACCGCGAUAUUCGAGAAAUAGGAUGAAGGUGGAGGGAGCCACAACUUCACUGCUGUCACCAUACCUACAUUUCGGCGAACUUAGUGUGAGAAAAAUCUAUCGGAACGUCAGAAUGAAGCAAAUACAAUGGGCAAAAGAAGGCAACCUGGAAGCAGAAGAAAGCGUGCGCCUCUUCCUACGAUCGAUCGGCCUUCGAGAGUAUUCGCGCUACAUCUGUUUCAACUUUCCCUUCACGCACGAAAGAUCGUUAAUGGGGAACCUGAGGCACUAUCCGUGGUGCGAAGAUGAGAUGAAGUUCAAGUGUUGGAGGCAAGGAAGGACGGGGUACCCGCUCGUGGAUGCGGGUAUGAGAGAGCUGUGGGCGACCGGCUGGAUACACAAUAGAGUUCGAGUAAUCGUCGCGAGUUUUCUCGUGAAGUUUUUGCUGAUUCCAUGGACAUGGGGAAUGAAGUACUUUUGGGACACACUGUUGGAUGCCGACUUAGAAAACGAUAUCCUCGGAUGGCAAUAUGUGUCAGGUAGUUUACCCGACGGGCACGAGCUCGACCGUCUCGAUAGUCCGCAGAUUCAAGGUCACAAGUUCGAUCCGGACGGCGAAUACGUGAGAAAUUGGAUCCCCGAACUCGUCAGAAUGCCGACAGAAUGGAUCCACCACCCUUGGGAUGCUCCACCUUCCGUGCUCGAUGCAGCUGGAGUCGAAUUAGGUGCAAACUACCCGAAGCCCAUCGUGGACAUUAACACAGCCCGCGAACGCCUCGAUGACGCUGUUUCGACGAUGUGGAAACUAGACAGAGAAGAAAAGAUUGCAAAUUUGACUGAGAAAGGUGAAGAAGUAGCUGAUAAUCUGAUUGAUAUGAAUACAUUGGACAUUCCCAGAGUUGCGGUUCGAAAGGAGGUUUCGUGCGCUAGUGCGUCGCUCGAUCAAAGAGUGCCCUCUUUUCACAAUGUAGAGGGCAAGUCGAGCGAUGAUAAUAGAUCGAAGGAUGCAGAUGACCAGAGACAAAUCCAACCAGAGUCGGACAGCCAGGUGCAAGUGACAACGAUCGACGAACGCUCGCUCUCGACUGCAGAAUCCUCGACUGCUCGGAAAAGAAGCAUAGGUAGUAGUCUAAGUGCUGUUCCAGAUACAUGUCUCUCUUCAUCAGAAGUAAAUACUGUGAAAGUGUAUGCUUCUCAUGCUUCGACAGGAUCUUCUGUGCAUUUGUGGCAGGAAACAGGCCAACUCGGAGGCGAGAAGGUAAUGCACAUUCAAGAAUCUUUGAUGAAUAAAACAUACAUACAUAGGAAAUAAGAAAGAAGGCCACAUUCAGAAACUUUAACAAGAAGAAGAUGAUGUAGAUGCAGAGACCAGCAAUAAUAUGCUCAGACCAACCAAGAGAACUGGUUGAACUCAAGUCCAAACCUUUGUACAGUAACAAAAUUUCAUGUUUAAGGCUUGUACACUGUUUUCACAGUGGCAUGGAGCUCAUUAUGUCACUGUAUCUUCUCUCUUCACUGAGGUGUAUGUGUAACAAAUUUUGUGCAAUUAAUUUCCUUGUAAAAGUAUCUAACAACAUAAAUGAAGUGCUUAAGAGUAGGUAACUAAGAAAGGUGCAUACUUGGUUUGCAUCAUUUGUGGAAGUGUUUUUUUUU